AUGAGAAGCAAAUCCAUCUUAGCUGGUGCCGUUAAUGUUCCAAUUGAACCAACAUCAAAUGUUGACUCACGAACGACAAACAAUAUUGUCAUAAAGAACUAUAGUUCGGAGUGUUUGAAAGAAAAAGAACCAGAUCUUAAGUCGGUGAAUUUAAACACAGCUUCAAACGCUAACGCUACAUCAGAUGUUAAGUUAGAGUAUCCACCACUGGACCAAGUUCUUUCAAGAGAAGCCAACGACAACCCUUACACAAAUGUUCAAACAAAUCCUUCAGAUAACGUAGACCAUUACCUUCUUCAGUUAUAUCAAACAAUUUUACUCAAAGACGAUAAGAAGCUUUUGACAAAUCUUAUAAGUAAGAACCAAAUAAUUCUAACAAAGGAGGACCUUGAAAAUAUUAUAUCACGAAUAACAGGAAAGCAAUGUGUCAUUGACUAUCUCGACCCUGAAAUCGAAUGCUGUGGUCAAACUCCAAUAUUCAUGAAAAUAG